GGGCCGCCAGGUCCGGCUGGUCCGCUCCGCCCCGCCGCGCGCCCAGAGUGCGCAGUCCUUCGGCGAGCUUGUGUCGUCUGCCUGUUCUCUGAGCAUCUUGUCACGGUCCUCUCGACGCGGACUCGCGCGUCCCACGCCUCGCGUCUUCCGGCCCGCCAGCGGGCUCCCGGCGCCCUCGUCGUUCCGUGCGCCCUCCCGCGAGCCCCGGCCCGCCUCGCGUCCGCCUCCUCAGCCCGCGCGCAGCAUGGCGCCCCCCCAGGUCCUCGCGUUCGGGCUCCUGCUCGCGGCUGCGACGGCGGCAGUGGCCGCGGCUCAGAAAGAAUGUAUCUGUGAAAACUACAAACUGACCGCAAACUGCUCUGAGAACAGAGAUGGUCAAUGCCACUGUAUUUCACUUGGUACACAACAUUCUGUCAUUUGCUCAAAAUUGGCUACCAAAUGUUUGGUGAUGAAGGCAGAAAUGUCUCACUCAAAGUUGGGGAGAAGACUAAAACCUGAAGAUGCUAUCCAAAAUAAUGACGGGCUCUACGAUCCAGACUGUGAUGAGAAUGGGCUUUUUAAAGCCAAGCAGUGCAAUGGCACCACCACGUGCUGGUGUGUGAACACUGCUGGUGUCAGAAGAACGGAUAAAGACACUGAAAAAUCCUGCUCUGAACGAGUGAGGACCUACUGGAUUAUCAUUGAACUAAAACACAGAACAAGAGAAAAACCUUAUGAUAUUCAAAGUUUACAGACUGCACUCAAGAAGAUAAUCACAACUCGUUAUCAACUGGAUCCAAAAUAUAUCACAAAUAUUCUGUAUGAGAAUGAUCUUAUCACUAUUGAUCUGAUGCAGAAUUCUUCUCAGAAAACUCAGAAUGAUGUGGACAUAGCUGAUGUGGCUUAUUAUUUUGAAAAAGAUGUUAAAGAUGAAUCCUUGUUCCAGUCUAAGAAAAUGGAUCUAAGAGUAGAUGGGGAACAGCUGGAUCUGGAUCCUAGUCGAACUGCAAUUUACUAUGUUGAUGAAAAACCACCUGAAUUUUCAAUGCAGGGUCUAAAAGCUGGUAUUAUUGCUAUCAUUGUGGUUGUGACAAUAGCAGUUAUUGCUGGAAUCGUUGUGCUGGUUAUUUCCAGAAAGAACAGAACGGCGAAGUAUGAGAAAGCUGAGAUAAAGGAGAUGGGCGAGAUGCAUAGGGAACUCAGUGGAUAAAUACUGUAAUUUGAAUAGUAACUACAAGAAGGGAAAUUAGCAAAUGGACUCAGAUUACAAAUAUAUGAGUGUGAGACAAAGAAAUCUUUGAAGACUACUUUUGUUGACAUAUAUUUGUAAUGGUGAUACCUAUAUUCAAAAUAUAAGUAGCUUGAAAUUGACUUUACCAAUCUUAAAAUUUGACCACAAAUGUCAUAUAUAUGAGAUCUGAUAUCCCAGAAUCUUUUAGUCUCAGAACUUUGACUGCAUAGUUAAAAUUAUUUAUACAUAACACUGAAGAGUCCAUUAAAUAUGCUUCCACAGUAGGUUUUGAAUGACUACUAUCUCAUCCAUUUGUGAUUAAAACCUGCCUUCCUAUUUACUUCGAGUCUUGUACAUAUACACCUUUUUUAUGAACUAUAAAAUAAAACAUUUUAAAAGUUUCCUAA